AUGGCGUCACAGAUUACGUUUGUAGAGGGUAUUCCUGAAGAUAUUCCGGCUUUAUUUCCAAUGCGUUGUCGUCCAGGUAUACUCGUGUUGGAUGAUUUAAUGAGGAAUUGUAGCGAGGACGAACGUAUUCGGGACCUGUUCACAAAAGUGUCUUAUCAUUGUGAUGUCACCUGCAUCUACUUGACACAGAACCUUUUCCCACCGGGAAAAUUUUCAAGAAGUAUUUCUCUCAAUGCUCAUUACAUCAUUGCCUUUAAUAAUCCUCGUGAUACAUUGGGUUUCAGAACCUUGGCUCAACAAGCUUUUGCAGGGCAGGUUCCUUACGUAUGGGAAAGUUUUCAAGAUGCCACCUCGCAGCCGUAUGGUUAUAAUUAUCUCAUGUUGGAUUUACAUCCGCGAACACCGGCUAUCCUACGAUUACGUAGUAACAUACUGCCUGUCUCACAAUCUUUGCCUGUGGUCUACGUCAACAAGAAAACCCAUAAAACAGACGGACCUCUAACUGUCGACGUCAGUUAG